CACCUGACCACCUAUUCCUCUCUUCCCUUCCCUUCCCUGCACUCUCUCUCUCUCUCUCGUUUCUUCCUCCAUUGCAAUUUAGAUUUAGGGUUUCUUCUUUCUCUCUCUCCUUGUUUCGCUGAUCCAUCUUCGAUUGUCUUCCCCGUUCGGUGUCGGAUCAACAUUCUCUGCUCUGUGCUUGAAUUGGAUAAUCAAUCUUAGAGCACAUAUGUUCUGAGGUUGAUGCAUUACGCAUAUUCUUGUUGCAGUUUCAAGGGUAUGGAACACUAGCUACAUGAAUGAGCUGGAUUGCUGUGGAGUCGUCUACCCUGGGUGACUAUGCAUACUUGAAUUGUGGGACUCAGCAAUCUGAUAUUAAUAUUAGGUUCUCAGCAAAUUAUAAUUUAGUUCUGGGAAGAAGGCACCGGCAAUAGAGGAUUUCUUGUAUCCAUGCUGUCAGAGAGCAUGCGUGGAAUCUGUAUUUCGGGUAAUGCACCUGACGAGUAUUGCUGCCGAUGCAUUCGGUGUGGUGACAAUUUGUCUAGUAGCCAUCUUAAUUCUUCUUGGUUUGAUGUGCAUUGCGUACUCAAUUUACUUCCGUUCUCGUAUUCGUCAACAGGGGUUUUUUCAGCUCCAUUAUUUUAGUGGUCCUUGGAUAAUCAGAAUCACAUUCAUCCUAUUUGCAAUCUGGUGGGGCCUUGGUGAGAUUAUUCGGUUAACCUUGUUAAGACGUGUCCUUCACUUAAAAUGGAAGGAAACUGUCUGCAAAUGCUACAUUGUAUCAAAUUUGGGGUUUGCGGAACCAUGCCUCUUCCUCACACUUGUGUUUCUCCUCCGAGCACCGUUACAGAAACUAGAAACUGGGAUUAUGAGCAGAAAGUGGAAUGCGAAGACAGCUGGAUAUAUUCUUCUUUACUGCUUCCCAAUGUUUGUUCUUCAGCUUUUUGUUAUUCUGGUUGGACCUCAGUUAAACAAGAAUAAUGGUUCUGGAAAGAAAUUACCUCAUUAUUUUACAACUACAGCUUUUGAUUCGUCGUCAAUGGCAAGGGAUAAUGAUACUCUCUGUACUUACCCUUUACUCAGUACUAUUCUCCUUGGCCUUUUUGCCGUUAUCCUGACUUCCUACCUUUUUUGGCUUGGUAGUCGGAUUUUGAAAUUAGUAAUUAAUAAGGGUUUGCAGAAGAGGGUGUAUACGUUGCUACUCUCAGUUUCAGGUUUCCUUCCUUUGAGGGUUCUUUUUCUUGGUUUAUCUGUUUUGUCCGAACCUGAGCAUAUGAAGUUUGAAGCCUUUGUUUUCUUGGCUUUUCUUGCACUUGUAUGUUGUGCUGGGUUGUGUAUGUGCACGCUUGUGUACCGUCCAAUUGCAGAUUGUUUAGCGCUGGGGAAUCUACAAGACUUGGAAGCUAGGAGGACUAAUGUUGAUAAUAAUGAUACCAUGUCUCUUAUUGCUAACCAGAGUCAUCUGGAAGAUGUUGUUGAAGAAAAUUCUCGGUCUAGCCCUGGUAGGUAUUCUGAUGCUUCAACCAAGCGGGGAUCAAUUUCAUUUCGGACAUUAGAAAAGGAUGUUGCUUCAACAGGGACAUUUGUAGAACUAAGCCUCUUCUCUCCCAGCCGGAGUGCAACCCCUCCCGGAUCGCCGCCUCUUCUUGGUUGGCCCAUGCGAUCCCCAACACAGGUUAUUGGGUCUUAGAGGCUGGCUAGAAAUUGAUUUUAUCUUUGGGUGAAAUAUCAAUUUUGUGGAAAAGUAAACUGAUUGUAAAGGGUUUAGCUUCAAUAAUGUUUUCUUUUUACCUUUUCUUUUUAAACUUUUGUUCUGUUUGCUAAUUCUAGAUAUAAUGUUUUGCCGUGGAA